ACUCUUCCCUUCCACAACCAUCUCCACUUUCCUCUCUCUCUCUCUCUCUCUCUCUCUCUCGCGCGCGCGCGAUAAGAAAACCUACCAACAGUCAUCUUGUCGUCAUGCAUUGUUAACUGCCUCUCAUCCACUCUACGCAUCCCUUCUCGCUACCAUCAUUCUCGCGUCAUGGACCUGAGCCAUGCUUAUGAGCCUCCCUGAUGGCCCCUCAUCAUUGAGGCCUCAACAACCACCGCCUCCUCCUUCUCUUCCAUGCAUUGUCAAAUCUCCCUCCAUUCCAUUCGAAUCGCUCUGAAUCCUCCCAUCGUCGCUCGAAUCAUCCCUCCUCUCCGCUUAUCUCCCGCACGAAACGCACGAAACGCACGAAGCUUCUCCCACACAAACCCGUUCGACAUGAGAAUCGCCAUCACCGGUGCUCGCGGCACAGUCGGGCGUGAGGUCGUCAAGGCGGCUUCGAAAGCCGGCCAUUCCACCGUCCAGGUCGACCGCACCGAUACGGAGUACGAUGGCACUCCUAACUCGGAAAUGAAGACGGCGGAUACCGCCAACGACUACCAGGCCACGCUCAACGCCUUCCAGGGCUGCGACGCCGUCAUUCAUCUGGCCGCGAUUCCCGACCCCGUCGACAAGGGCGACGACCUCGUCCACAACAACAAUGUCAACUCUGCCUUCAACGGGUUCCGUGCUGCCGCCGAGCUGGGCAUCAAGCGCGUGUGCUACGCCUCCUCCGUCAAUGCGAUCGGGCUGGAAUAUGCCAACCGACCCCUCAAGUUCGACUACUUCCCCGUCGAUGAAGAGGCCGAGUCCCGCCCGACGGACGCUUACGCGCUGGCCAAGGACGAAGCCGAGCUGCAGGCCCGUGCGUUUGCUCGGUGGUUCCCCGGGAUGAACAUUGCCUGCAUGCGCAUACAUGCCGUGUCGUCGCGAGCCGAGGCGCAGCAGGGACACAAAGAAAACUGGGAUACUGCAGCCGUGAAGAGUCUGUGGGGCUGGGUCAGUCCGCCGGCGACCGCGAGAGCGUGCCUGUUGGCCGUGGAGAACAGUGACAACUUGAAGGGAUGUGAGGUCUUCAACAUCGUCGCCCCAACGACUACGCAGGACACCCCGUCCAAGGACCUGGCCAAGAAGUACUACCCCGACGCAGAGAUUCGAGGCGAGCUGUCGGGGAACCAGUCCCUCUUCGCCACCGACAAGGCAAAGAAGAUCUUGGGAUGGGUACAUGACGAGAAGGAGUGACUCAAUCGGGAAGCUAUAAUCUUUUCUCGUCUGUAGACUUUUGUUAAAUGUCCUAGAUUAGCGAUUAUAAUGAAGACCGGAUGGCACACGUGAAGUAUAAACAUGUACUUGUACCAUCGCGAUAGCAACUGCCGGUGGAGAUAUAUAACGAUCG